UGUGUGUGUGUGUGUGUAUUCAGAGAUCGUCCAUGAGGAUGUGAAGAUGAACUCAGACGGAGAAAGUGAUCUGGCUUCUUCUUCAGACGGCGUUCAGAGUCCCGUUAAAGUGAGACUGAGAAACAAGAAGAUCUCGACUGAGGACAUCAACAAGCGUCUCUCGUUACCGGCCGACAUCCGUCUCCCGGACGGUUACCUGGAGAAGUUUAAUCUGAUUGGUCCAGCGUUGUUCGAGCAGCCAAUCAGCAGACGGCUGCGCAGAGUGUCCCUGUCAGAGAUUGGUUUUGGGAAACUGGAGACGUACAUCAAACUGGACAAACUGGGAGAGGGGACCUAUGCUACAGUGUACAAAGGUCGUAGUAAACUGACUGAAAACCUCGUGGCUCUGAAAGAAAUUCGACUGGAACAUGAAGAAGGAGCUCCGUGUACCGCCAUCAGAGAAGUAAUCCGCAGCCAUGUUGCCGUUCCGCUCAGCUCCUCCGGUGCGUCGGUCCUGACCGACUGA